UUCCGGUGACAGCAGCGGAAUGACAACAUCGACACACACGGCCCUUCUUUCAUUCAAGCCGACUUCAGCUAAACACCGACAACAAGUGAGGUUCCUCCUCCCCACGCGGCACAAUCUCCUCCUCGAGCACCUUUGUGGACGACGGUAUUUAAAAAAAACGAACCAGGAAGUGGACACGUUCGUAAACAAUCAUGUUUUUCACACGGAGCUAAAGUGAGCUCGAAGCUAACGCCGGCCAUGACGCCUGCGUAGUCCGACAGCAGGGCGCUGUGUUUGGGGCAGUUCUCCUCUAUGAGCCACUGGGAGCAGCAGCAUGGCAGAUGACAAGGACGUGCUGAGGGACGUGUGGUUCGGCCGGAUCCCGGCCUGCUUCACCCUGAACCAGGACGAGGUCACCGAGAGGGAGGCGGAGCCCUACUACCUGCUGCUGCCCAGGGUGAGCUACCUGACGCUGGUCACGGACAAGGUGAAGAAGCACUUCCACAAAGCCAUGAGGGCCGAGGACGUGGAGGAGAUGUGGUUCGAGUUCGAAGGGACGCCGCUGAAAUGGCACAAUCCAAUCGGAGUUCUGUUCGACCUCCACGCCGCCAACACCGUGUUGCCCUGGAGCAUCACGGUGCACUUCAAGAGUUUCCCGGAGCGCGAGCUGCUGCACUGCCCCUCCUGCUCGGUGGUGGAGGCUCACUUCAUGUCGGGCAUCAAGGAGGCCGACGCCCUGAAGCACAAGAGCCACGUGGUCAACGACAUGCAGAAGAAAGACCACAAGCAGCUGUGGAUGGGCCUGCAGAACGAUAAAUUCGACCAGUUCUGGGCCAUAAACCGGAAGCUGAUGGAAUAUACCACCGAGGAGGGGGGCUUCAGAUACAUCCCCUUCAGGAUAUACCAGACGACGGGCGACAGGCCCUUCAUCCAGAAGCUGUUUCGUCCAACAUCACCUGAAGGCAGCACGCACACACUCGGCGACCUGCUGAAAGCGAUGUACCCGGUGGCUCUGCCGGCCGACGGUGAGCCCAGGCGGUACCAGGUGGUGAUCCAGGGCAUCGAGCCUCUGCUGGAGACGCCCCUGCAGUGGCUCAGCGAGCACCUCAGCCACCCCGACAACUUCCUGCACAUCUGCGUCACGCCCGUCCCCUCCGACUGAAGGCCACGCCCCCUCCCCGCCAGGCCACGCCCCUCCCCACCAGGCCACGCCCCUCCCCACCAGGCCACGCCACCUUCGGAAACUCGGGCGCAAAAAAACUCUUAGAAAGUGAAUGGACUCUCUUCAGGAGAAGGAUGAAGAUGAACAAAGGAAGGGAGGAAACCUCCUUCUCAUCUCGUUGUCUAUUUAUAGUUCUGCACCUCCUCACCGCUCCUCCUCUCCCCUCUUCUUUAAAGGACUCAAAGAAGAGGAUGCCUCCUCCUCCUCCCCCUCCUCUCCGAUCAAACAGGCAUCAAGGUGGGGGGGUGGGGGGCUGACGUUGCCUUAGUUUCCACAUUAAAGCAUUUUCAUUUCUUUCUUUUUUUUAAAUGUGCAAGAAGAUUCUGAUUUAAAUGUCGCCCGUGUUAUCUUCUCAUUUGAUGAAGACGAUGUCGCUUUGUGCUUUUUUAAUUUGUGUAUUAUUUGAAAGAGAAAGGCGUCCUGCUUUAUGACUUGAUGUGAGACUGAAGAUGAACACGAGUUCCCUGAGUGACGCGCCGGCUUCUCAUUGGCUGCUUUUACUUUGCAGGAAAUUGAGACGGAAACUAAUCGAUCGUUCUUUUGUUUUUUUUAACAUCCAUUGAUACUCAAAUAAAAUCCAGACUCACAUCGACUGGAACGGUUACCAAGAACGUCUUCUAAUAAAAGUGAGUUGAUUUAAAUGUC